AUGCUACCUUGGCUCCUGCUGUUGAUCUGUGGAUCCCCUUCAUUAUCUUGUGUCCCUGCAGGAAUCCCUGUCUCUGAUGUGAACUUGGAGACACGGCCCCCAGGGGGAUGGGUGAUGGAGGGAAGCAAACUGGUCCUCAUUUGCUCAGUUGCUAAUGCCACUGGAAACAUAACAUACUUCUGGUACAGAGGGGCCCUGGGUUCAAAUCUGGAAACAAGGAUACAGCACUCACUGACAGCAGAGUUUGAGAUCAUGGAAAUGAAGAACAGUGAUGCUGAGCAAUACUACUGUGCAGCGGACAAUGGCUAUGGCCCUAUUCUCAGUGAGGUGGUGAACAUCACUGUCAGAGUUCCAGUGUCUCGCCCUGUCCUUACCUUUGGGGACUCUGGAACCCAGGCUGUGCUGGGGGACCUGAUGGAGCUUCACUGUGAGGCCCUGGGAGGCUCUCCCCCAAUCUUCUACCAGUUUUAUCAUGAGCAUGUCAUUCUGGGGAACAGCUCAGCCCCCUCUGGAGGAGGAGCAUCCUUCAACUUCUCACUAACUACAGAACAUUCUGGAAACUACUUCUGUGAGGCCAGCAAUGGCCAGGGUACCCAGCGAAGUGAGGUGGUGACUCUCAACCUAACAGAUCUCUCCUCAGUGCCCAUUGAGGCUGGAAGCAGUCAUCUCUCCUCAGGAGUCACUGAGUGGCUACUUGGCUGCCUGGGCCCCGUCACCAUGGCCCUAAUAUUUUGCUACUGGCUCAAGAGAAAAAUAGGAAGACAGCCGGAUGAUCCACUCAGGAGCCCUCCCAGGCCUGUGCUCCAGGAAUCCAGCUACCUCAACUCACCGGACCCAAGGCAGCUACAGUCCGUGUAUGAGAACGUGAAUGUUGUCAGUGGUGAUGACAUUUAUUCACUGGUGUACCAUACCCAGCAGGAGAUGGAGCCAGCAGCGGCUCAGCACAUGAGGACACACGGGGCAAGUAAGGUAAGCAGGGUCUCCCCUGACAUCUAUUCCAAGGCAAGGAAGGUAAACAUUGUAGAUAUGGACUAUGAGGACCCUAUGUAA